GCUGUUGCUACUCAGGGCCGCUACGGUAGCUCUGAUUGGCUGACGUCGUACCUGCUGAUGUUCAGCGACACUGGACACAACUGGAAACAGUACAGACAGGAAGACAGCAUAGGGUCUUUUCCAGGCAACAGUAAUGCAGACAGCGUGGUUCAGUACAAACUCCAGCAGCCAGUGAUCGCUCGCUUCCUCCGCCUCAUUCCUCUAGACUGGAACCCCAGCGGAAGGAUCGGACUCCGGCUGGAGACCUACGGAUGUCCUUACACCUCUGAUGUCGUGAGUUUUGAUGGCGGCAGCAGCAGUCUGGUGUACAGGUUGAGUCCAGGGCCAAGGCGGAUGUCCAGAGAGGCUGUCUCUCUGAAGUUUAAAACCCUGAGGAAUUUUGGGACACUGCUGCACUCAGAGGGACAAGGAGGACAUGGCCUCAGUCUGGAGUUAGAGAGAGGAAAGCUACUGCUGCUGCUCAGACAAGGUAGGAUUUCAUCCUCAGAACCCCAACACCUUGCCUCACUCGGCAGCCUGUUAGAUGAUCAGCAUUGGCACCAUUUAGCAGUGGAGCGACGGGGCUCUCACCUCAACCUCACUGUGGACAAACACACAGAGAGGGUUCAAAUCCCUGCAGAGUUCAGCCAUUGGGACAUUGAGAAGCUGAGUGUAGGGGGACUCCACAGCCAGGGCUCUCAGAAACAAGUUGUCUCCAAGAAGAACUUUCAUGGCUGCCUUGAAAACCUGCUGUACAAUGGCCUCAACCUGAUAGAAUUAGCUCAACGCAAGGAUCACCAAGUUACUGUAGGCAAUGUGACCUUUUCUUGUGCUGAGUCAGUUUCUGUCGCCUUGACAUUCCCCGGCCCCGGGAGCUUCCUCCAGUUGCCGGGGGCGACAGUGUCCUCCUCGGGGGGCUUGUCUGUGGGGUUCCAGUUUAGGACAUGGAACAAGGCGGGGCUUCUGCUAACCUUUGACCUGCCUCAGGAUGGGGGCGUGGUCUGGUUGUACCUGAGUGAGGCCCGACUCCGGUUGCAGAUCCAUAAAACUGGGAGGUCGCUGCUGGAGCUCAGCGCAGGUUCUGCUCUGAAUGAUGGUCAGUGGCAUUCAGUGGAGCUGAACUCCAGACGAGGUCGUGUGAGCAUUACAGUGGAUAAAGAGGAAGGAGGCAGCACUCACGAAAGUCCCUCGUUUCUUGUCACCAUAGAAGGUCACCUCUUCUUUGGUGGUUGUCCAUCUGAAGAUGACAGGCAAGAGUGCAGAAACCCCUUUAAUGUCUUCCAGGGCUGCAUGCGUCUCUUGUCUCUGGACAACCAAAUUGUGGACCUGAUCCUGGUGCAGCAAAAGCAGCUGGGAAUCUACAGCAAUCUGCAGAUUGACAUGUGUGGAAUCAUUGACAGGUGUUCUCCCAGUCGUUGUGAACACAGCGGCCGCUGCAGUCAGUCCUGGACCGUCUUCCACUGUAACUGCUCUGAGAGCGGGUACAGCGGAGCGACAUGCCACAGCUCUGUGUACGAACAGUCGUGCGAGGCGUACAAACACAACGGCAACACGUCGGGGCAUUUUUACAUCGACGUGGAUGGCAGCGGACCAAUCAAACCGCAGCUGGUCUACUGCAACAUGACAGAGGAGAACACGUGGAUGGUGAUCCAGCACAACAACACAGAGCUGACCAGAGUCCAAGUGUCUCCAGGUGGAAAUCAGUAUUCAGUUCACUUUGACUACUCGACUAAAGAAGAGCAACUAUUGGCCGCCAUCAGCCAAUCAGAACAGUGCGAACAGGAACUUUCCUACCACUGCAGGAAGUCCCGCCUCCUCAACACUCCAGAGGGUUCUCCGUUCAGCUGGUGGCUCGGGGGACCUGGUUCCGGUCGUGUCCAGACUUAUUGGGGCGGAGCUCAGCCAGGCAGCCAGCAGUGUGUCUGCGGCCUGCAGGGCGACUGUGUGGACCCACAACACUACUGCAACUGUGAUGCCGACCGCAUGGAGUGGGCUGAAGACUCAGGCCUGCUUACCCAUAAAGAGAGCCUCCCGGUCAGGUCUCUGGUGCUGGGUGACGUCCAGAGGCCAGGGUCAGAGGCCGCCUACAGGGUGGGGCCACUCCGUUGUCAUGGAGACAAGAAUUUCUGGAAUGCUGCGUUUUUCGACAAGGAGACGUCGUACCUCCACUUCCCCACCUUCCACGGAGAGCUAAGUGCAGAUAUCUCCUUCCUGUUUAAAACCACGGCCUCCUCCGGUGUGUUCCUGGAAAACCUGGGCAUCAAAGACUUCAUCCGGAUCGAACUGAGCUCCUCCACUCAAGUGGUUUUCUCCUUUGAUGUUGGUAACGGGCCACUGGAGGUUCACAUGGAAUCGAGUGUGCCGCUAAAUGACAACCGGUGGCAUCGAGUUCGAGCAGAACGGAACGUCAAGGAGGCGUCGCUUCGAUUGGAUGAACUUCCUGCUGCCACACAAGAGGCUCCUGCUGACGGACACCUCCACCUGCAACUCAACAGCCAGCUGUUUAUAGGAGGCACAGCAUCCAGGCAGAAGGGCUUUCGGGGCUGUAUUCGCUCCCUGCAGCUGAACGGCGUCACUCUGGACUUGGAGGAGAGAGCGAAGAUCACACCCGGCGUUCGACCAGGCUGCCCGGGUCACUGCAGCAGCUACGGCUCGCUGUGCCAGAACCAGGGCCGCUGUGUAGAGAGAGCCAACGGCUUCCACUGUGACUGCAGCCUGUCAGCGUACACUGGAGUCUUCUGCCACACAGAGGUGUCGGCCAGCUUCAAGUCAGGGACGUCAGUCAGCUACACCUUCAAGGAGCCGUACGAGUUGAGUAGGAACAGCAGCGCCCGGCCGUCCUCCAUAUACUCGGACAUGACGCUGAGAGGGGAGAACAUCUCCCUGAGCUUCAGGACCAACCAAAGUCCCGCUUUGCUGCUCUACGUCAGCUCCUACUACAGAGAGUACCUGGCCCUGCUCAUCAACAAGCACGAUAAACUUGAGGUGAGAUACAAGCUGGACAGCAGCAGAGAUGCUGAGGUGUUGAGGAGCAGAGUGAAGAGCGUGGCCAAUGGACAACUACACACCAUUACCAUCAGAAGACUGACGGACUCUGUGACUGUGCAGAUCGACCAAAACGCCAGAGAAGAUUUCAACCUGACGUCAGAUGGAGAAUUCAAUGCCAUCAAGUCGCUGGUGUUGGGCAAAGUGCACGGGUCCGAUGACUUGGAUCCAGACCUGGCCAGGUUGGCGUCUCUCGGUUUCGCAGGUUGUCUCUCGGUGGUUCACUUUAACUCCAUCAGCCCUCUGAAAGCUGCUCUGCUCCACCCGGACACCAGCCCUGUCAUCAUUAACGGACCUUUAGUCCAGUCCAACUGCGGCUCCUCAGCUUCAGCCAAUCCCUAUGCAGCAGAGAAUACACCCCACCUGUCAGACCAGUCUGGUUCAGUGGGUUCAGGUCAACCUUUAGUCAAUGCCAUCAGGACUGACUCCGCUCUUAUUGGAGGCAUCAUAGCAGUGGUGAUCUUUGUGAUUGUGACCGGCCUCGCAAUAACUGCCAGAUUCCUCUAUCGGAGAAAAGAGACAUAUCGAAACCAGGAAGUGAAGGGAGUCAAGCAGGACAGCCCAGAUUUCCCUUUCAACAACCAGACUGACUCCCAGAGCGUCUCCACUGAAAACCCAAAGGAGUAUUUCAUUUAAGUGGAGGGCUGAUGACCUGAUGAACUGGCAGUUGCAGACUGGGGAGUCCUGCCACACCUCAGAGCCACUCAGAGACUCUGCUGGCAGAAAUGGCUCCAC